AUGCUGUCCUUGCCCCUCGUCAUCCCACGAGAUGACCAUGUCCACUGGUACACUCCUCGUCACAUCCAAACCACCGCCCCCACCGGCCCAACCACCACCAAUCCCCCACCCACACAACUCUCCCAAACCGACCCUCACACCCGCCCCACCUCUCCCCGCCCCCUCGCCCCACGCAGCGCCCUCGCCCUCCUCGCCCAAGACGAGCACACCAUCGUCCAACGCAAGCUCAACAUCCGCCGCUUCGGCGCCGGGUGGAUCCGGCCGCCCGGCAUCGCCAAGACGUACCAAGCAACCAUGGACGAGGAAGCCGAACGGGCGGAGCAGGAGAUGUUGGCACGGCGGGAGGAGCAGAUGGCAGAGUUGGCGGCGGCGCAGGACGGGGAGGGGAUGUUGGGGCGGGGGGAGAUGAUGGAGGGGGUGGAAGGGGAGGAAGGGGGGGAGAAUGUGGAGGGAGAGCGGGAUUUGGACGACGAGGUUCCGGAGGCGGAGGAGGCUCUGUACGAUGAUAGCGAGAUGGGGGGGGAGGAGUACGAUGAGGAGAUAACAGAGGGGAUGUUGGGCGCGGAGGAGGCGGAGUUGGUGGGGAUCGCGCAGGAGGAGAGGGAUUUGGAUGAGGAUAUUCCCGAGGCGGGGAGCUAUCAGCAUACGGAUACGGAGGAGGAGAGUAGCGAUGGGGAGGAGGAUGUGAAUGAGGGGAGGCUGUUGGGGAUCGGGAAUCGGAUGAGCGUGGGGACGGCGGGGUUCGAGGAGGGGAGGAGCAGCUUGUUGAGUGUGAGUGACUUGCUGGACAGCAGUCCUGUGGCCGGAAGGAGUAUGGGGACGAGACAUUCGUUCAUGAAUAGGUUAAGGGGCCAAGGUAACCAGCGGAGUCCUCAUUGA